UGUUGACUUAAAAUACUAACCAUAUUCACUUCCAAGUAUCUUUUUUAGAUGGAUUAAUCUUAUGGUUAAAAUUCAGGAUUUUGAUGUCUGAAAAAUACCACUAUUUUAAUGGGAGGCAUCGUUCUUGUGAGUAGAAUCCUUGUACUGAUAUUAACUUAAAAACACCAGAAAAAUGGUGUGAUUUGCCCUUAUUGCAUGGAUUUGCAUAUAGUUGGGUUUUUUAUAAAUGAGUAGAGGUUUAUCACUGAGAGAAAAUAUUAAUGCAAAUACAUAGGAAGCAAACGUCGUAAACAUGAAUAAUUCCAAAUUACUGGACGUAUAGGUAAAAUGAAGGUGAAAUCCUAGACAAACCAAAAGUAUACAAUUUAGUCUUAUAAAACUUGUAACCUACUACUGCUUUGUUACUUGAAAGAAUUCCUACCUACAUUAAAUAGUCUGAUGGUAUCCUGUUUAGAAAUUGUAGUUGAGAAGUGGACCUUCAAAUUAUAGCACAUUUUUACUCUACUUUGAAGUAAUCUCUUUUAGGUUAAGCGAAAGAUAAGAACAAUCCUUUUGAACAUAUAAACCGAUCUAAGAAUGUCCCCAUAGUAGUUUCCAUAUAUAUUUCAAAUGUCUUGAAGUCAAUCCCAUGCUAUUUCUAUUCCAGAUUUGGCUAUAGAGUAGCAUGGAUGCCUACCGCCUGUACUUAUCCGAGAUUAGAAUCCCAACUGACAUGGGGUCUAUAUUCCAUCACUUGAUUGUGUAUGUUGAGCUCUUCUCCGUACUUACGCUCACAUAGUUUGCUGAACUCAGCGGUAUUUAACUCAUAUUUGCAGUAUUGAAGCGUACGUGGAAAUAUGGAUUUAAUCCCCAGUGACGAUUAACUCAUCUAUAGUGUCACAUCAUUGACUUUGCUAUCCUCUUCUCUAAGUUUUUUUUGACUUUAUGUGGUACUAAGUUGUCAACCCUUUUUCUUCAGCGCGAAAUGGAGAAAGAAUUUAGAUGUCAUUUGACUUUGUUGAUUCACAUGUUUUAAAAGGUAUUUCACACCACACGUGCGUCGAAUAGACACCUUACUGAAUUCCGUUUGUGUUGUAAUGGCCAAAAGCAGUAAGAUCUUAUAUACUGUUCUGCUCAAGUAUUUCACCUAUAACUUGGUCGUUUUUAUCAAACAGUUACGUCGCCUCUAAAAUAUAUAUACAAAAAGACCUUUAUUUAUCCUUUUCCCAAGUUAGCUUGGUGUCUUUUCAUACGUCAUUAAAUAUGAUUGAACCAAACUACAUCAAUAUGCUUAUCGCCCAUUACGAAUAUGUAAACAUAUUUCCAGUGCAGAAAGAUAUAGCUUACGUCGUUGGUUAGACUUUGUAAUACAGCCUGACUAACAACCAAGACUAUUACAAACCAAUGGCAGGUCAUCGUAUCAUCAAAGCUUGAAAGUACGAAACAUAAGGUUUCGAUCCGGUUACUAAAUGGUAAUGUAGUGACCUCGAAACAUGUAAGUCCUGGGUUCGGUUCAACACAGGUUUGCCAGUGUACCUUUCCGUUGAGUACAAAACAACUGUCUAUAGAUCCCUAGUUGGUGGUGGUUCUCCAAGUACCUCUAAAUGUAUAUGACAAUAUUUAAAAAAGCUACAUAAAUUAUCUAUUGUCAGUAGCUACUUCUGUGCCAACUGCUAUCAUUAAGACAUCAACUUAUCAGUUCUGAACUUGUAACUGAUGAUGUAGAUGAACGAUAAAUGCACAUAAUUGAUCAAAAUCGAACUUCCUUUUUUGUUAUGAGAAAUAAUUUCACUAUGAGGUAAGACUUUCGAAGCUAUUUUUCCAAGGUUUUAUUUAAAUAUAUAUUUAUUUUCGUAUUAUCCUAGCUCCAAGCUUUUAUUUGAAUCGUACAUUGUUUCCAUGACAAAUUCAACUCAUAAAUUAGAACUGAUUAUUUGUGUACUCACUACGUUUUUCCCAUCAGUAAUGUUGUUGCUCCAUUUUAGUACUGUUGCUCAAUGGGUCUGCUACAUGAUCUGGUCUUGUAUGUAUGUAAGUGAAUGUCUGAAAUGUAACAGCGAUCCUGAACUGGGGAUCAUUGGUUGUAUGUUCUUCUUCUUUCGGGUCCAGUUAGUGUUUGGCCAACCUUCAGGCAUAGAAUAUUAGUCUUCUUGUCGUUGUUGCGUAUCGGUUGCUUCAGGUCAUCUAUGCGCAUUGGUUGGUGCUAGGACAUAACACUUUUCUCAGGUUGAGGUACAUGCCACUAGUGAAAAAAUGUGGCUUAAUUUUCCAUGGGAAAAUUUUUCCAUACGUUAGCUUAGGCAAACAGGUAGUAUUAUACCAUAUUUUCCAUAUUUCAGAUACUUAAAUAUUUUGUGACUGAAAUAAAAACAGGUUGAGAAAAUUAGUUAAGAGUAUGUAUUCAAAAUAAGAUAUGUCAAAAAUCUACAUGUUAUAAGCCAAUGUAAGAAAGUGUAGCUGUCUGGAACAAAUGAAAUCAUGAACUAAUAAUUAUGUGUCGAUGUACUCACUGGUACUCAUUCUGUAGACAAUGAACAUCUACAAUAGAUAGUAUUUCGUUCUAGUUCAAGACUCAUGAACAAGAGGCACCUACUAUAUAUGGAGUCCAAUCGAGAACAUACAUAUCUCUGGAGUACCUCGACAUUAAAGAGUAAAUGCACCAGUAUCUAGUACUUACUGGAUUAUCAAAGUCGCAUAACUGUUGGGAUAAUUAAUAAUAAGGCUAGUAAAGAUGAGCAAACAAAUUUAAAUGAACUAAUACAAGCUAUACCACUAUUUCUAAAUAAGUUGCGAUAACGAACUUAUUUUCGAAGCCCCCAUCAAAAACGACCAAACUAUAGAGCUAGAUAUGACCUUAAACUGUGUCGUGGUGAUAGCCGUCGGUCAGUUAAUCUUCCUUUGAGAGUGACAAAGUAGGAAAACACCUGGUCGAAGUGUUUGAUAAAAUAAAAUAUUUAACAUCUCUUUGGUGUCAAUUGUCGAAUUAAUAACAUAAAAAGUAAGGGUCAUAAUCGAAAAUCCGUGGUGUUUAUAUGUGAUUAUACUAGAAGUCACUGAAUACUUACUGUCACUGGUUUCACUGACGAAUUUAAUUCACUGCCACGUUCUGUUGUUUCAGUUGUAUGGGUUUAAACUGUUCAGUAGUUGGGAUUCAAAACGUUUGUCAGCAUGUAGCUGUAAUAGGCAUGUGAGUAAUCGUAUAGCUGGAAUCUAAGAGUCAAUGUGAAUUAAACUCAUAAAAGUCAGUAUAAUGAGACUGGUUUGGGUAUGGGAAUAAAUCUUCGUCCAUCAUAUUUUUCUCUCUUGAGCUCGCUCGUGUAGGUCCGUGGGUGUUAUCCGAGAAUGGAAGAAUCGUGUUGCUGUCAAAAUACAUGGGAAACAGAUCCCUUCCUAUCCUCUGAAAUAGACAAAUCAAAUGAGAGAUAAGUAGAUUUUGAACUUUCCUUCAUUCACGCUAAAUUUUCAACAUUGUUGUCUAAUGUAUGAAGAUCUAUCUGUUUUUUUGCAAUUUACGAAGAAAUACCACAAAAACACCGACUCAUCAAAUCUUUUCCGACAUGACAUAAUAAAAUCACUAAAAGUUAGUUUAUUUAGAUUCGUUAAAAAAUAAUCUAUUUGUAAAGGAACAUCAUUUAGAACUAUCAAAGAAGCUUACUUUUUACGAUUGGCUAACGUUAUUUGUCCUCUGCUAUUGAACCUGAUAAGAUAUUUUAUCGAUUCUCCAUUAACCAAUCAUUUACAAGGUCAAGGAAUAAAUCCUAGUCAUUGAAUUUUUACUGUAUUAGUAUUUACAAAAUGUCUCUAGCUUUCGGAACUUGUGCUAAGUCAGGAAGCGAAAAUGUCAAUGCACGUUUCUCCAAGACAUAUGAACAAAUUGAAUUGUUACUGUCUCAAGCAAAACCUCAACCGAUAUCAUUAUGUGCAAAGGCUGCUGCUAUUGAAGCUUAUGAUCAUUUAAGAUGUCAUCAUUAUAUUCCUGAAGCAGAACAGUUAGUUAAUUUAUUAGCUAGACCACAUAUUAAAUCGUUGUUACUUUGUCAUGAUGGAAUAGCGAACAAAGCUUAUGGACCAGUUCUACCACAGAUAUCAUCAGAAGUAGAUGAAGAUGAUAUAAGCGUGAAGGUUGUAAAUUUAAUCAAGAAUCAUGAGCCACUUGGAGUUACAAUUAAAAUUAAUGAAAGAAAUGGAGCUGUUCUAGUUGCACGUGUUAUGCACGGUGGAGCUGCUGAUCGUACAGAUGCUAUUGACGUCGGGGAUGAAAUUCAAGAAAUUAAUGGUAUUACCGUACAUGGUCGAGACCCUAUGGAAGUGAUACGAAUGUUGACAACGAUAUCUGGUGAUGUGAAAUUGAAACUGAUCCCAUCUAUUACGAAAAAACAACAAGCAGAAAAAAAUCAAGUACACGUUCGAGCUUUAUUCUCAUACAGUCCAAGCUCAGAUUCACUAACUCCAUGUCCAGAAGCUGGUCUGGCAUUUUUAAAAGGUGAAAUUCUGCGUAUAGUCAAUUCAGAAGAUCCUAAUUGGUGGCAAGCUGUAAAAGUUGAAUUUCCACUUACUGGGAUUGUUCCAUUUGUACUGGGUAAUAACUUAACGCAACCAAGUUUAAGUAGAGCUGGUCUAAUACCAAGUAAAAUGAUGCGAGAAUGGAAAAUGCAGUAUCACUUUAAUUCAUUGCAUACAAACGGCGGACAAGAUACACAAAUUAAUGAUUCUCUUUCAUAUGAAGAAGUAGAACGUUAUUUUCCUGAAGAAGGUUGUUAUCGACCAAUUGUUUUAGUAGGACCAAGUGGUGUAGGAAAGUCAGAAUUAAUUCGUCAAUUAAUUCGUACUGAUCCUGAACAUUUUCGAGAACCAAUCAGAAUAACCACACAAGAACCAAAAUCUGAAGAAGUUCAUGGUGUCGAUUAUUUAUUUGUAACUAAAGACGAAUUCAAUACAUUCAUGGAUGCUGAUUGCCUUAUAGAUCCUUGUGAAACGUCAAAAAACUGUAUGACGGGAUUGUGUUUAGAUGCAGUAUUAGAAAUUAUUCAAGCUGGUCAAGUGGCUAUUUUUGAAGCAGAUUAUCGGAAUUUAAUGUCACUUAGGACAUCAACAUUGAAACCGUUUAUAAUUUUUGUUAAACCACCAACAUUCGAUGUUUUGUUGGAAACACGACAAUCAUAUAAUCAUAAAAGUAGUAAUUGUAAUACACCAACAAUAAAUGAUACAAGAUCAACUGUGGAAUUAUCACCAACACAUUCUGUACCAACUACACCACAUUUAACUAAUCGUACUAUCGGUGGUUGUUUUACACCUGUAAGAAACUCUCAACAAUGGAGGAAAGUCUCCGGUGAAUUAGGACAAGAGAAGAAAAACACAAUGUCCUCAGCGCCAUCAUUAUCAGCAUCAUCGUCUUUGGAUAAUAUACUGGCUACGGAGAUACAAAAAAAAGUGUCAUUGGCUGUAAUUGUGAAUUACUAUUAUUCUUACUAUUAUUAUUAUUACUACCUUUUCAUAUUUUUUAGCAAUAAUAUUUUAAAAGUAAUUUUCAGCACGAAUUAAUAUCAGCCGAAGAGCUAUUGGAAAC